AUGUUUCCGUCAAAAGUUGAACAGAAUAAUCUGAAGGCCACCAUCGCUGCUUCAUAUAAUAAGCUUUAUGGUCAAUUCAGCUCGAAAGAGCUGUCGGAGGUUGGUAACUAUAAGAUCCUCAAACUGAUUGGUGAAGGCAGCUUUGGCAAGGUAUAUUUAGCAUGCCACCGUUUAACACACAUAAAAGUUGUUUUGAAGAUGGGUUCGAAAAACGAUCCUAACGUUGUUCGGGAGGUAUUCUAUCAUCGCCAGUUUGAUUACUCAUAUAUCACAAAGCUGUACGAGGUUAUUGUCACAGAAAAUUAUGUAUGGAUGGCGCUAGAGUACUGCCCAGGCAAAGAACUGUAUGAAUAUCUACUCACAAAGAAGCAUAUUCCCCUCGACGAAUGCGCACGUCUAUUCUCGCAAGUUGUCGGGGCGGUGUUCUAUGCUCACUCACUGCAAUGUGUUCAUCGAGAUUUGAAAUUGGAGAAUAUUUUACUGGACAAGAAGGGCCAAGCCAAGCUGACGGAUUUUGGAUUUACCAGGGAAUGUGCUACAAAAAGCUUACUCGAGACAAUAUGCGGCACUACUGUAUAUAUGGCUCCCGAAUUGAUUGAAAGAAAAUGCUACGAUGGAUUCAAAAUUGAUACAUGGUCACUUGGCGUAAUUUUAUACACCAUGAUUCAUGGCACGAUGCCGUUCGAUGAAGAUGAUGAGACAAAAACGAAAUGGAAAAUCGUAAACGAUAAUCCCACGUACAAUGAAAGUCUAAUCAGCAGCGACGCUAAGGAUUUGGUAGAGAAAUUAUUACAAAAAGACCCAAUACAGCGGCCUUCCCUUAAUGAAGUCCUGCUACACCCUUUUUUACAACCAAACGGAGGGAUGAUUUUGGAGAGAACUGAAAAGAUCAUAAAGCGGCAGAGACAAGGACCAAAGAAUUUCCAUGGUAAGCUUGAAAGAAGAUUGCUGAAGAGGCUAAAACAAGUCGGGUUUGAUAGUCAGGCUAUAAAACAUUCAGUCAAUAAACGAAAAUGUGACUCCUUAUCAGGUAUGUGGCUUCUAUUAUUGGAACGUGAGAGAAGGAUCGAAUAUUCGAAAUAUCCGAAGCGAAGUCGAUCAGUGCUGUCCGUCAGAAAAGUAUUCGAAUCUACACCUCCAUUGAAGCAACAAGACGAUAACCUUUUAGAAUUUAACGAACCCUGUGCUACUUCUUCAGUAAAAAGAAUUUUAAGCAGAAAAAGUGACACUGCAUCCAUUCACCAACCAAUAAACAAACCAAGUCGUAAAUCUUCACUAAGGCAUGCCUCAUCCAACAAUGAACAAGAUUCACUUAGCGGUAGACAAAAGAAGAACAACAUAUUUAUGAAAAUGACCAAUUUUUUCAAGAACAAAAAGCAGAGUACAUACCGUGACAAUCCUAGCGUUACUAAUACUCCUUUAAAUAUAAGGGCAAAUGAUAAAAGAAAGCGGAAGACCAAUUCAAGUGAGUCUCGGAGAAUAAGUCCCAAAGUUUCACCAAAGAAACCAGAACGCAAUAACAGUCUCAAGAGAGAAGAUGCUCGAUCAAGUUCCACACCUGUAAAAUCCGAAGUGUUGACUAUCGAGGAGCCAGUGCUCAAGAAGUUCAAAUCAACAACAUCAAGCGAAAUAUCACAUCAGACUUCUUUGGGUAACUACGACAGCGAAUUCGAUAAUAGGACUACGAUAAGUGCUCGUCAAACUGCUCCAGAUGGGCAGAAGUUUAGCCCCGCACAGAAAGGAAGGCCCCUUUCCAUGCUCUCACAACAUUCCGAAAUAUCGAAUGACACAUAUAAUUCUGAAUAUUCGACGGAUGGCAAUCAAUCGAAUUCUAAACCUAGCAGUGUGGGCAAUAUAACGACUAGACAAACCAACUCGGUAAGCAUUUCAGCACAUUCCACUAAUACAGAUGGACCAUCAGUUUACUCCCGCGGGGGAGCUCGAAGGUCUAUGAGUAUCAUGUCCAGUGCCUCUAGUGCAUCUGAGCGAAGUUCCAGAACAGAUUCCUUUUAUGAUAUAUCUACAGCAUCUUCUCCUAAAACGAUGGAUAUAAGAGCACUUAAUGGAAACAUGGUAGCGGAUACUGUGGCCCCUCGUAUUGCUGUAGGAUCGUCAUGGCUGGCAAAAAGAGGGAGAUCUCCUAUCAGUAGGAGAGGAAGGCUGCCGAAAAGGAAUAUCAGCCGAAAACUUCUCAACAGGAAUUCGUCUGCCACUCAGUCUGUAAUACAGGAGGAGAGUUCAUUCGAAGAUGAAGAAGAACCUCCUGAAGUUCUGCGACCUAGCGAAGAAUUCCCAAAUACAGACGAUCCAAAUUUAACAGGGGAAGAGGAUAAUUUGAAAUCCGAAAGCGGGACUGCUUCAAAAGCCAGUACUCCUGCCAAUCCAGCGAUUUUAUCAGAAGUUAAUAGACCUGGUAUCCUCAACAUGGCCCGGUCGUUUAGCGGAGGGAGCGGUUGGUCUCAUAACUAUGCCGCUGAACAUGCGCACUCUUCUGAAAUGCUACCAAGUCAGAAUACCGACGAGCAUCUGGAAGUGGGAUUUGCUGACGACGAGGAUAAUUCAUUGGAGGAUGAACAAGAGAAUGAAAAGAACGAAACAAUUUAA